UUACGUAAGGAAGCAAACAAUGACUUGCUAAACGUGAACUCAAAGGGGUGGGGGGAGGAAUCAGUGAAAGCAAUUUUAGGUCUUUGGACAACAAUUGAACUCGCCAUUCAUCCUCUGGGCGACUUCAACAUCACUACCGGUUUGUUUCAGCUAAGGAGGUGAACUAUGAAGGUACUGCUGAUUUUGAUGAGCCUGGGAUGUCUCGCUCAUUGUGCCCGGAUCCUCGCAGUGUUGCCAAUCCCUAGUAAGAGCCAUAGUAUCCUGCACUAUUCCAUAUUUCGUCUAUUGGCUCAGAGAGGUCACGAGAUUGUGGUAUUCAGUGCCUAUCCUCCUCCGUACAGUAUAGCCAACCUUACGCACACCGAUUUGCCUACCAGCUUCUCAGAAUUGACGAAUACAUGGACGUUUGACCAGUUCCAAGAGAUGGUGGACGAGACUCAUUUUUAUGGAUUUUCAGUAAAGAACUUUUUUGACAUGUCAACAUUGUCUUGCGAGGACGUUCUUAAGAAGGAAAAUAUAAAAGAGCUGCUUGAGUCGGAUCAGCAGUUCGAUCUAAUUUUCCUUGAAAUUACAUUAGGACAAGAAUCUCUAUCUGUGUUUAGCCACAAGUUUAAAGCUCCCAUCAUAAAUAUCCAAGGAUUUGUUUCCUGGAGUCUUGUCGAUUGGAUUGCUGGAAAUUCAUUAUCCAUUUCACACAUUCCAGAAGUUGCUUCUUUUCCAUUCACAAACAGAAUGUCCUUUAAGGAAAGGCUACAGAACUUUGUGUCAACAGUUCUUACUUUUUUAUACUACCAUUUUGAACACCUUCCCAAUCAGCAAAGGUUAGUGGAACAAUAUUACAAAGAUCCCAGCAUUCCUCAUGUCUCAGAAAUGCUGAAUGAGAUCUCAAUAACUCUUAUAAAUUCACAAAAAACCCUAGAAUAUCCUAGGCCGUACACUCCCAAUAUGAUCCCAAUUGGGGGUGCCCAUAUGACUACUCACAUGACUCCUCUACCUGAGGACAUAAAAACAUUUAUUGACAAUGCUAAAGAAGGAGUAAUUUUCUUCAGUUUGGGUACAUUUGUUCCUGCACAUAUUAUGCCCAGUAAAUAUAUUCAGGCAUUCGUCAAUGUAUUUAAAAGAUUGCCUCAGAAGAUCCUGUGGAAAAUUGAACUAGACAAUAUACCUGGACUUCCUGAAAAUGUGAAGCUCACGAAAUGGGUGCCUCAGCCAACAGUGUUGGGUCAUCCUAACUGUGUUCUCUUCCUGACUCAUGGAGGACUGUUCAGCCAACACGAGGCUUUCUAUGCAGGAGUUCCAGUCGUUGGCAUACCAUUCUUUAGUGAGCAAAGAUAUAACUUGAAGUUCUACGAAAGUCUUGGAGUCGGAAUCAAGUUGGAACUCAAUGAAGUCUCAGAGGAAACUGUAUACAAAGCAAUAACAACAAUAAUAAAUGAUCCAAGGUACAAGGAGAACGCCAAGAAAGUGUCCAGUAUAGUGAGAGACCAGCCGAUGUCUCCAGCUGACACGGUCGUGUACUGGGUAGAGUACGUGUUGAGACAUGCUGGAGCUCCUCAUCUUAAGCCUGCCUCGGCGUAUCUUAAGUGGUACAAACUGUUACUAGUAGAUGUUGUUAUAACUCUGCUUGCCAUUGUGUUACUUAUCAUCUUCUUCUCAUAUUUUAUUAUCAGGAGAGUUUUAUGUCCUUGUUUUAGCAAUGUUAAAGAUGUUUCUCCUACAAAGAAAAGAAGCUAAUUUUUCUAUGA